AUGUCAUUAAAGAAUCCAGAUUGUUUAGAAGUAAUAUUUGAAAAUCUAAAGGAUGAAGUCACAACACUUCAUUCGUGUCAUUUAGUUAAUAGGUUAUGGUGUCGACUUACAACACCAAUAUUGUGGCGUAAUCCAUUAAAAUUUACGAGUGGUAGAACUAAUGCAACAUAUCAAAGUUCAAAAAGGUUACGCACCAUUAGAAUUUUACCGAUGGAUGGAUGUCAAUGGAAGGAAAAGGGAAUAGAUGGUAUCGUUAAAAUUUCAAACUUGUUUACGACAAUGUCAAAGCACGUUCAUGAUUUACAACAUUUAUUUAUCGACAUCAACGAACGUUCCACACAUCUCGUACAACAUAAACUUUUCCCACUCGUUAAAUCAAUUUCCUCUUUAAUUGAAUCACAAAAUUCUCUAAAGGUUUUAAUUAUAAAUCAAUUUUGGGAUUGUUCAACCUGUUAUUUAAUUGAGUACGCCCUUUCAAGGCAAGCCCCUUCCCUAAUAUAUUUAGAGAUUAAUGAAUUUUACAAUUAUAAUGUAAUCUUACAAAUCUUACCCCUAUGUAAAAAUUUAGAGACUAUCAAAUUUAGUCAUCCGGUUCCAUUGAAAUUUGAUCGUACAUUUGAUUCCACUCCAUUACCUUUGUUAACCUCAAAUAAUCUUCCCAUUAAAAAUUUUUAUUCCUUGAUGGAUAAUUAUAAUCAUGACAUUACUUUAACUACGACGGAAUUAAUCUUGAGAAUGUCAAAUCGAUUCCUUCAAACCCUUUCCCUAUCAAAGAUCACGGAAACUUUGGUCAAUACAAUUACAAAAUAUUGUUCUCAAUUAACUCAUUUAUCAUUUGUUUUUCACACGAGAGAGAUUAAAUCAAUUUGUUCUUUACUUUCUUCACUUCCUUCCCUAAAACAUUUAAUCCUCAUACAUUAUGAUUUAAAUCAACCGACAAAUGAUUAUUUAUUCUAUCAAUUGGCCAACUCCAUUCCUAAUACCUUGACCCAUCUUGGUUUUGAUUUCGAGUUGUCUCCCAAACUUUUAAACGUUUUCUUGUCUCAUUGUCCCCAUUCAAUUAAUAUUCUUACCUUUCAUGGUACGAAAUGGUAUCGAGAAGAUUACUUAUCUGGAAUUGUUAAAUAUGUUGAAAAGAAACGUAAUGGUUUAAAAGAAUUGAGGAUUGAAAAAUUCAAACGAAGUGAUGAAGCUUUCUUACCUUUAUUCUUCUUGAAUGCGUUAAAAGAUGCAAAAAAAAUAAUACCCGUGAUCAAGGAUUCUAGUUCCGCCUUUGUCCCGUUUUUUGGUGAGUAA